AUGUCAGAAGCUAAAAACAAGUGGAUAAAUUCAGGAAGAUUCUCACUGUUUGAUGACACCAAAUCAGCAGAGUUCAGUGUGAUGAUCAGAGAGCUCACUGUACAGGACACGGGGACGUACCAGUGUGGAGUUGAUUUCCCCUCGGUGAUAGACAUUUACACACCGGUGGAACUGAAGGUAAAGGAAGGUGUUGUGGGAGCUAGAGACGUGACUGCAUACGCAGGGGCGAGAAGCAACAUCAAGUGCAGAUAUGAGGACGAGUACAAAUACAAGAAGAAAUCUUUCUGUAAGAUGGAGCCAGAUCGGUGGGGUUUUAAACAUAUAAGUACACAUCCAAACAGUGAAUGGUCACAUGAUGGCAGAUUCUCAAUUCAUGACAACAGAAGUGCAGGAUUCUUCAGUGUGUUUCUCAGAGAGCUGAUUACGGAGGACGCUGGAACGUACGCGUGUGCUGUUGUUUUGGAGGAUGAAACGGAGAUCUACACUGUACUGACGCUGAAUGUAAGAGAAGGUGAGUUGCUGAUACAAUGCUAUGAUCCUGUUUAUACAUGUAACUUUAGGUUUUACUAAUCACAUGUAACAUAGAGAUCAGUUUUACACUAGUUUAUGUUUUGAUGGAGUUAUACUAUAUAAAGUUACCGUGUUGAUUUGUCAGAAUGUUGUAUGAUGGACGUAUUAUAUAUAUAUAAUCUGAUCUGAUUGGUUGUGAUUUGCAGAUCUGUCCUAUGAGAAGUCCAUCAGUGAGACUGUCUAUGCAGGACGAGAUUUGACGGUCAGCUGUAAAUACCCAGAAUUCCUAAGGAAUGCCCCAAAGUUUCUCUGCAAGAGGCCUAGAUUGGCUGCUUGUUUAUAUAAUACAACUGUUCUAGAAAGUAGAAAGUAUGUAAACGAGGGGAAAUUCUCCCUGUAUGAUGACCGAGAAAGACAAAUGUUCACUGUGAGUAUCAAACAUGCGACUGAGCAGGACUCCGAGGAAUACUGGUGUGGAGCUGAAGUAGACUGGAAAUCUGAUCAUGGAUACAAGGUUUAUUUCACACGGAUCAACCUGACCGUUACUGGUGAGUUAUGAUGAGCGGUUCAAGAUGUUGGGCUACUGAUCGGAAGAUCGUGAGUUCAAAUCGUCACUGUUGGGCC